UAAAAGUCAUUAAAUAAAAAUAAAAUCAAUUACUUAUAAAAUAUCAUUCAAAUAGUCAGUCAUAUCAUAUGUGACUAUCGGGUUUAGUGACCAGAUAUAUGGCUACUGCUGUCAAACAACCAGUAUUCAACUAUCAAUCGGUAUUCAAGUACACCAAAGUGGUCACUGAUGAAAAACUGUUUACCGAUAGCAGCUGUCCAGAAGGCGGCGGCGAUGACGACGAUGACUUCAACGACUGGCCAUUCGGUGAGGACCAGAAUCGACCGGCUGGUCAGUCAAUGAUCAACCGAUUGGUCCAUCGAUUGAUAAUAUUUGUAUGCUAUGCGACACUAAUCGUUACGUUUCCCGUGUCGGCCUUUUUCUGUCUUCGGCGGAUCCAUUCACUACAAAGAUGUCUCAUCUAUCGUUUGGGUAUCCGAUUGCCGAUCAAAGGACCCGGUAUUAUCAUUAAGUUUCCGGUCAUCGACUCUAUCGAAGUAAUCGAUCUCUCGGACUAUGAGUUCACAUUAGUAGAGACAACACAACCGCUGAUGACAUCCGACGGCUCGAUCAUCGAGUUUGCGACCGGUGGUGUCCAAUGUCGGCUAACCGUAUGCAAUGCCGUACGAAGUUCUACACAACUAAAAGAUUCGCGAAACAAUGUCCAACAGUUUUGUCGCCUAUCGUUUGCCAAUAUGAUUGCCAGUACACAUGUCGAAGACUUUGAGAACAAGACGGAUAUAAUUAUGAGACAAUUUGAUCAAAACUGUAAUCUUUAUCUCAAUAAUUGGGGCUACAAUUGUAAAGUGGAUUAUCUACCAAAGUUUUCGAUUAUCAAUCGUGCAAAUCCUGUGAAUCCGAUUGUGAGAAAAUUGAAGAGUAUGUUUGGCGGCGGUCCCGAUGCUGACGGUGGUGACCAACAAAAUCCGAUGAUGACUGAGCUCUUGCGAUUACAGGCAUCGGCUGCUAGCAAAAUGGGUAGGUUUUCUGGUAGUGCUAUUGGUAGUGGAAGUGGUGGUGGUGGUGACCCCAGUCAGGAACAACAGAUAAUAGCAUCGCUCGAAUUGAUGGGCAAUAAAUAUCGUAGUUAUGUCUCCUAUGAUAUCAAUAUAGCUAUUGUUGUUGAACUGAAAAUUGAAUAUUUUGUGUUUACUUAUACAACAGGCAAAGUUAGCAAAUUGUCUGAUAAGCCUAACAAUGUUCACAUCAAUAUAAGCGCCGAUAAUAAUGACAAUUUGAUGAAAUUUUGUAUCAAUAAUGAUAUGAAUUGUGUGCGAAUUAGCACUAAUUUAAUGUAA